UUUCUAGAGAACCUGGUGGGGAUCAGAUCGAUUUCUUGGUGGCAGCCAUGUUUACCCUAGUGGUUUUGUGCUUGACCUUCGUUCAUGUGGCCUUUGCCGUGGUCUACUUCUACCUGACCUGGUACCACAAGUACUGGGAUAAGCGGGGACUGGUCACCGCCGAGCCACUGACCAUUUUGGGCACCUAUCCGGGCAUUCUGGUCAACAAGAGCCGCAGCCUCAUUCUCGAUGUUCAGGAUGUCUACAAUAAAUACAAGGAUAAGUACAGAGCAGUCGGAACCUUCAUCACGCGGCAGCCGCAGCUCCUUGUUUUGGAUCCCGCCCUGGCCCAUGAGAUUUUGGUGGACAAGUUCAGCCACUUUCGGGACACCAUCACUAGCAGCUUUGUGGGCCACAAUCCGGAUGACAAGUACGUGGCGGGGUCGCCCUUUUUUAGCGCUGGCGAGAAAUGGAAGCGACUGCGCUUCGAAAAUGUGGGCGGAUUGACAUCCAGUCGACUGAAACUCGCCUACACCAUUUGGGAGCAGAGUGGCCGGAAGCUGGUCGAGUAUAUCGAGCGGGCGAGGCGGGAGCAGGGCGAUGUCAUCGAAACCAGAGAUCUAGCCUAUCGAUUUACAGCCAAUACGAUGGCGGAUUUCAUAUGGGGCAUCGAUGCAGGCUCACUCAGCGGCAAAGUCGGUGAGAUCGGGAUCUUCCAGAAGACCUCCACGGACUGGACUGCCUACGCCUUCAGCUCGAUGAUCCGCUUCAACAAGACUCUGGUGGCCACCUUCGUGCGAAAGCUGUUCCGCAUGCGAUUCUUUACCAAGGCAACGGAUGAGUUCUACCUGCGACUCACCCAGGAUGCAGUGAAUCUCCGGCGAGGUGGAAGUGGCGAGGGUCGCACGGACUACCUAUCCCACCUCAUGCAGCUGCAGCAGCGGGGAAACACCAUCCACGACUCGGUGGGCCAUGCCCUCACCGUUCACCUGGAUGGCUACGAAACCUCAGGAGCUGUGCUCUAUCACAUGCUCUAUUCGCUGAGCGAACACCGCGAAGAGCAGGACAAGUUGCGCUCCGAAAUACUAGAUGCCUUGGCCUCCGAGGGCAGUAUCAGCUACGAUCAGAUCAAUAACCUGCCCUAUCUGGACCAGUGCUUCAAUGAAUCGCUCCGACUGACCACUCCCAUUGGUUUCUUCACGCGUAUCUGCACCAAGCGCACUCAGAUUGAUUUGGGAGGUGAUAAAACCCUGGACUUGGAGCCCGGAGUCACCGUGAUGGUUCCAGCCUAUCAGUACCACCAUGACGAUGACAUCUAUCCGGAGGCCAGUGAAUUCAGGCCGGAUCGUUUCGAGAACGGAGCGGCGAGUGUCCUCAACAAACGAGGAUGCUUCCUGCCCUUCGGCGAUGGUCCUCGUAUAUGUUUAGGUAUGCGGGUGGGCCAACUGAGUGUCAAGACGGCCAUCCUGCACAUCCUUUCGAAUUACCAGGUGGAGCAGACGAAGAAGGUGCCUUUGGGUGCGGACUCCGGAAUGGGCAUCUUCCUCAAUGGCGACGUCGAACUGAAAUACACCAAGCUGCGGAAAUAGAAGGAAGCGCUUAUAUUUGUAGUUCUACUCUCGUUUUUUACAUUUUUAGCCAUGUUGCAUAAGUGCAGUGGGCAGAUGUUGCCUUCGUAUGAGGAUUGCUGCUGGCUUUUCGCUUUUUAUAUUUUGGCGCAAUAGUAAUUUGUAUACGAGUGUGCCACCAAGUGUGUGUGUGUGUGUGGUGCAAGUGUGUUGGACUUUGGGGCAACCGCAGCAAAAUUUAAUUUAGCGCAAACCGACCGCAGACCAACUGACACGCCCCUUUUCGCCCGCCUUUCUCCUGCUUAGCUUGACUUAAAGCUUAUUCAAAUAAAGAAAAAAUCCAAUCACUAUUUUUUAAAA